UUUCCGAAUUUUGGCUCCCCUGCGCAUCACAAUCCACAGCACAGGCGACAGUGCAUUAGUGCUCGACAACCUUAGCAUAGGCGAAACUUUGUUGUUGUGCUGGGACCAGCAGCAGCAACAAGCAGCUAGCGAUGGCGUUCGUGCCGGUGUGCGUGCAGUGCGGGACGCGGAGCAACCCGUGCCGGUGCAAGGUGCUCGGGCCGACGCUGGGGUUCGUGGCGUUCGUGGUGGCCGCGGUCGUGGAGUGGCCGCUGGGCGCGGCGGUGUACCUGUUCCGACACCGCAAGGGCCGCCGCAUCAUGGCGCACCCGGCCACCGUCGUCUACCCGCGCGUCACCAGGGCCAUCCCCAUCUAAUAAUCGGUCAGCAUCCCGCGCCCCUUGAGCAGGCGUUUGUCGAUCGCGUGUUGGGUAUUCGACCCCAUGCGUGGUCUUGUGGACCUUUUCGGUCUUCUUUUCAAUAAAAAGCGUGUGGUUUAUGUUGCACAUUUUGUACUCCGCUUGUAAUCAUCGUUUCGUGUAUCACAUCAAUGUAACUGUCUGUAACAUUGUUAACUUGUGGUUCCAAAAUGCAUGCAGCCACUUCUGUACUGUGCCAUCUAAU